AUUCGAUAGUAACUGUGGAUGAAAAGAAGACAGAUAGGCAACGAUUUGCCAUUUUAGUAGAUUUUGUUGGUCAUGUUUGGUUAAUCAAUCGUAAGGAAGACGAUGUUGGUGUUUUUUUCUGUUUCGUUGUAUUUCAGGUGACAGCAAACGCAGUGAACAGCUCUAAUCUAACUGUGGCUCAUAUUCUAUUCAAUGGCCACUCAGAUAUUGUGCUGGCUGAGCAUGCUGGUCUUACUGACAGCACAAGCUAGUGGCAAAAAUAUCACCAUUGAUAAAUCACCUAUCGUCCAAUCAACAGUAGAAUGGUCAGGAUUCAACGUUCAACUCAUGCUGCACAUAAACCGUUGCCAGCUGGAAGUGACUUGUUCCGACAAGCCCGACUUUCAACUUCUUGAAAACCUCCAAAAUCUACCCAGCUUCAAGUUUGAAGAGCUGGCUUAUCAAAACUGCCCACUCCCGGUAGGCAAUCAGUCGCUCGUGGAUCUGCUCUCGGCCCUUCUCGAUCCCACCGAACUUUCCUCCAUCCGCAGGCUAUUCUUCGUCGACAAUGCGAAGCUUUCGAACCAUGUUACGCUCGGUCCGCAUUUAUUUGCCGAUCUGCCCGCACUGCAGGUGCUGUCGAUGAAAAAUUCUUCCCGCAUGCCGCUCGACAAUCCGGAACUGUUCAAGUACCUGCGCAGCGUAACGUGGCUCGAUCUGCGAGAAGGCGACGGUGGCAGUCGCAACUCAAAAAUGUUGCUACACACACUGACUCAGUUGACCACGCUCGAGUUGACGGAAAAUGAGCUCAUCACACUACCAACUGAGCUGAUCACCGAUUUGCCCAGCCUCGGAUCACUAACGUUGUACCAUAAUAAGUUGGAGCGUAUCGAACAGUUUGCUGACCUCCCGAAUCUCACUUCACUUGAUCUAACGUAUAACGAGCUGGAUACCCUGCAAGAGGACGUGUUCGAUAAGCUGCCGAACCUUACACAACUGUUCCUUAAUUCGAACAAGCUCACAAGCCUACCUUCCGGGCUGCUCAAGCGUAACACCAAGCUUACGGUGUUUCGGGCAGACAAUCAGCGUGGCUCUGGACUUGUACUGGGAGAUGAACUGUUCGCAGGACUAACGAUGCUUGAGGACGUCUCUGUAUCAAACUGUAAAUUGACAACACUGUCGGCAGGACUCUUUACCGCGGCUAGCAAGUUAACCAAACUCAACCUCAGCGACAACAAGCUUCAAAGCCUCCCGGAAAAUUUAUUGCGUCAUUCGUCCAACUUGAAGGAGCUCUAUUUACAGAACAACGAGUUAAUGAACAAGUUGCCAGACACCCUGCUGCAGAGUGCCACUCAGCUACGCAUUCUCAACCUUGGUCAUAACAAACUAACAACAUUGAGCAAAUAUCUACUGGAUUCUAAAAACUCUUUGGAGGAGUUGCAUCUUGAAUAUAACCAGCUCUAUAUGAUCGAUAGGGAUGCGUUCAUAUCUCAGGCACAGUCACUAAAAAUGCUCAAUCUUAGCCACAACCAAGUGGCACUGCAUGAAAAUGGUACAGAUGUAUUUUACCUCGACGGUAAAACAUAUUAUAUAUCGCGGACUCCGUUCUACAUCCUGGCUCGAUUGACUGUCUUGGAUCUUUCGUACAACGCAAUCGUCAAAAUAUUUAAAGACUUCAAAGGCUUCAUGGGAAGCCUUCGAUCACUCGACCUGUCACACAACUUAAUAACAAAUGUUAGCUAUGCAAACUUCCCAUUUCUAUCACCGAAUAUUGAACAAGUUAAUUUGCAAUCAAACCAGAUUACUCAAUACGACCUCCGCAACAACCCAAUUUAUCCUACUUGCAUGCCCUGCAAUAUUCUUCUAGCUGAUAAUCUUCUCAAAAUGGAUGACUUUGUAUAUAAGAGUGGCAGGUGCGCUCAUGACAAUGAUCCAUGAUAUUAGUAUGUAGCUUCUUAUAAAUAUUACCAAUGUUUAUCCAGCACAGUGUAGAUCUUGCAUUUCUGUUGAACAAUGAAACGGAAAGGAAAACAGAAAGAAAUAAAACUAAAUCAUACAACUUA